AUGGUCUGGCUGCCCUAGGAGUACAAGCAAGAAAAAUACCAAGACUCACCAUGGUCCCCAUGCUCAGAAUGCUGCUGUGCCUUGGUAAGAUAUGAAGAGGGAGAGUGGACACUCAAGUCUGUAAGGAACCCUACUCCAAGCCAGGACUGAGUGUGGCACAGAUGACUGCAGUCCUGGCAGGAACACUCCCAAAGCCCAAAAUCUGGGCUGAGCCACAGUCUGUGAUUGCCAUAUAUGCACCUGUGACUCUUUGGUGUCAGGGGUCCUGGGAGGCCAAGGAGUACCAUUUGCUUAAAGAGGGAAGCUCAGAUCCUUGGGACAGAAAAUCCCCUUUGGAACGCUCGGACAAGGUUAACUUCUACAUUGAACACAUGACAGUGGACUUUGCAGGGAUAUAUAAGUGUUACUAUAAGAGCCCUGCUGGCUGGUCAGAAUACAGUGACAUCCUGGAACUUGUGCUAACAGGAGUCUUUGGUAAACCAAGCCUGUCUGUCUGGCCCAGCCCUGCUGUGACCUCAGGAGAGACCAUAACUAUGCAGUGUAGUUCAUCACUGGGAUUUGGCAGAUUCAUUCUGAUCCAGGAAGGAAAGCACCACCUCCCCUGGACCUUGGACUCACAGCAAAGUACCAAUUGGGAGUUUCGGGCUCAUUUUGUUCUGGACCCCGUGACCACCAUCCACAAUGGUACUUUCAGAUGCUAUGGCUAUUAUAGGAACCUUCCCCAGGUGUGGUCAAAAUCAAGUGACCCGCUUCACCUCCUGGUCUCUGAGUCCAAGGACCUGUCUCCCAACCACACUGAGAAUGAACCCCCAGCCUCACUGCACGAAGGUCACACAGUUGAAAAUCUCAUCCGAAUGAUCAUGGCUGCCUUGGUUUUAGUGACUCUAGUGAUUCUGCUGUUAGAGGCUUGGCACAGGAAGAAAAUGGGAAUAGAUGCAACCAGGAGAUAAACACAAAAGUCUACCAGGUUCCACACAUGAGCAGACCAUGGAAAAUAAAUCUGCUUGUCCCAUACAAGAAAGAAAGAAAUGUAAAGAAAACUGGAUGUACUUUAAGGAUGUACUUCACCCUUUAAAGAUCCUGGAAGCUAAUGUGUUCUGGAUGUAGGAAAUUCUGUAGGUUUCUGUCAAGAGCACUUUCCUGCUCAAUUGUACUCUUUUCUCCACAUCUCACUGUGAAUAUAUGCUCACUACUUCCUCCUCUCUUCUUACUUCCCUACCUCAUGUAUGUCAUGGGCCCUUGCUUUCCCUCACUGUCAAAUAAUAUUUUCCUUUACACUGCCAGAGUCAGUGUUGUUCAUACUCAGCCUUUUUCUCUUACUGUUGAGAAAGAGAACACAGUUCAAACAACAAAAAUAAUUGGAAAAGCUAGAUACCAUGAUUGAAUUAAGUGGGAUAAAUAUGAUGCCCCAAAGUCUCUUUCCCUGGAAACCAGUGUCUUCAGUGUUCAUUACUAGAAUGAUCUGAGGAUUCUUCUGGAAAACUUAGUAUUUGCCUCAAAGUAAUGAUGAUAGUGGGAAAUAAAGAGGAGGGAUAUUGUUUCUAUGGCUUUGAAGUGUAGCAUGUCACCACCCUUGUUGUUUUAAAACACUUGUAAGUAACAAACAUGUCACACUGACAUUAGCCAAACCCCAAGUCUCUAUAUCUCCACUAAAUUAAGUGAAUUGAGAACAGCUAUCCAGAACCUGUAUGAUUCACAACAUUACCUUUUACACUUCCACUCAAAAAUAUUUUAUUUAACGUGUUCUACACUUGGCCUUUGCAAACUGCAUUAUUUUUUCUACUCAAAAAUCACUGUCAUAAUUCCAAGAUAAGGUAACAUGUGUGAAGUUCAGAAGUGACAUUUAGUUGAUGUAUUACUUGUAAUUUGAAAUCUCAAUGUUUACUGAUGUUUAAUACAAAGGGAAUUGUUUCGUAUAUGGCCUUAAUCUACCAGGAUGCAAUCAUUAAUUAUGAAUAUUAACUUUUCCCCUACAUUUGAAAACAUGGUUUCUCUUAAAAGAUGAUGCUUUAUUUAUUCUUUGACACUCAUACAAUGUGUUUUGAUCAUAUUCAUGCAUCCUCCCCACUCAGCAUCACCUAUCCAUUCAGACAGAGCUUCUGAAAAGAUAAUCAGUUUUUCUGAAAUGAAACUUUUAUUCCUUUGCUAGUUUUUGUUUACUAUAUUCUUUGACAAGCUGUCUAUUUUUUCCAAUUAUGCACACACUGUAUUUAAUUUAUUUGUCUAGUUGUGUUACCUAAAAGUUUAAGUGCUGUGCUAUACAUGAUAGACAGAAGGGAUACACUGCAUUUUUCCUCAUCAUCAGGGGACAUUUCUGACACUGUCUAUCAAAUAUGUUACUUCAAACUUAUUCAAAUAUGAUCUUAUUAAAUUUUUUGUGAUAUUUUGGAGGAAUGACUAUGUCAUAAUG